UACAAACAAACAUGAAAGUCCUGAUUCUUCUGGCUUUGCUCGGAGCAGUAUUUGCUGCCCCGGUGGAGGAGAGUGAUGAGAAGGUUGUCGGAGGGUAUGAGUGCCCUGCCCACUCCGUGCCCUACCAAGUGUCUCUGAACGCUGGCUACCACUUCUGCGGUGGCUCCCUGAUCUCCAGCCAGUGGGUGGUGUCUGCUGCCCACUGCCACAAGUCUCGUAUCCAGGUGCGUCUGGGUGAGCACAACAUCGAGCAGAACGAGGUCACUGAGCAGUGGAUCGACUCCGCCGAGCUAAUCAAGCACCCCAACUACGACAGUUACACCCUGGACAACGACAUCAUGCUGAUCAAGCUGAGCAAGCCUGCCACCCUCAACAGCUACGUCCAGACUGUGGCCCUGCCCUCCCGCUGCCCCCAGGCCGACGAGAACUGCCUGGUGUCCGGCUGGGGCAACACCAUCACCAAUGGAAACAGCUUUCCUACUAAACUCCAGUGCCUGAGGCAGCCCAUCAUCGAUCACAGAAUCUGCGCGAAUGCUUACCCCCAUCUGUUCACAGAGAACAUGGUAUGCUCCGGAUUCAUGCACGGAGGAGCCAGCAGCUGUCAGGGGGAUUCCGGUGGACCCCUAGUGUGUAAUGGUCAGCUCCAGGGUGUGGUGUCCUGGGGUUACGAGUGUGCCCAGGAGGGACACCCCAGUGUCUAUGCCCGCGUUUGCCAAUACAACAUCUGGAUCAGCGAUAUCAUGAGAAGCAACUAAACACACACACACACACACACACACACACACACACACACACACACACACACACAGUGUUGAACACACACAAAUGUACUGUAAUGCUCACACACUCAUUCAAGGUCACACUAACUAUGCCAAUCAGAAACAUUCACUCUACCUCUGAGUCAACAGACAGUGUAUCAGUCAAUACGUUUGGAUACUGUGCAGCACUCUCACACCCUGUCAGUAAUAUACCGUUUGGAACACACACACACACUAUAUCCCGCGCAGACUAUACCCUACCCCCAGAGAGGUUUAGGCUAUAUCUAUAAAAUGACCUACAAUAAAUCCUA